GAAAUCCAAAAUUUCAAAAGAGCCACAGGAGAAGGAGCAGGAACAGUCUCAGAUAUCAUUGAAAGAAAUCAACAGGCAAAGUACUUGUAAUUCUGCACGAAGCCGCACAAAGGUUCAGAUGCAAGGAGUAGCAGUUGGUCGGGCUGUGGAUUUAACCAUGAUCAAUGGGUACACUAAGCUUAUAGAUGAACUGGAGAAGAUGUUUGAUAUCAAAGGCCAGCUUCACCCACGGGAUAAGUGGGAGAUAGUCUACACUGAUGAUGAAGGAGAUAUGAUGCUUGUAGGCGAUGAUCCAUGGCCGGAAUUCUGCAACAUUGUAAGAAGAAUAUUUAUCUGUUCAAGUCAGGACGUGAAAAAGAUGAGGCCAGGAACCAGACGUCCCAUGUCAUCCAUGGAAGACGAAGUGACUGUAUUAAGCUUCGAUUCAGCUGAAAACUGAAAUAGGAAUUUUCCUUUUGGUUCUUGUUCUCCAUUUUAGGUUUUAUAUUCCUUUUUUGAGGUUGUUUCAUCAUGUUUGAUUUUUUUUUUUUUU